GUUAAGACACUUAUAGUUAAGGACCUAAUUAGAUGUGUUUAGACAAAUACCAAGAAAGAGCCGAAAUUAACAGAAAGUCAAACAUGAGAGAUUCAAAAACUAAGUUUUUGGAGGUUUAUUCAAUCUUGAAGUCGCAGCUACUCAAUGAUUCUGCUUUUGAGUUCACUGAUGAUUCUCGUCAAUGGGUCGACCAGAUGCUGGAUUAUAAUGUACCUAGAGGAAAACUUUACCGAGGAUUGGCCGUCAUUGAUUGUUACAUGGCGCUUAAGGAAGGAGAAGACUUGACCGACGGCGGACUUCUUCUUGCUAGUGUGCUUGGUUGGUGCAUUGAAUGGCUUCAAGCAUAUGCAUUGGUUCUUGAUGAUGUGAUGGAUAAGUCUCAUACACGGAGUGGUCGACCCUGUUGGUACAAACUACCAAAGGUUGGGCUUAUUGCUAUAAAUGACAGUAUGCUUCUCGACAAUCAACGCCACAGAAUUCUGAGGAUGUAUUUUAGAGACAAGCCUUAUUAUGCUGAUCUGCUUGAUUUAUUUAAUGAGGUGGAGUUUCAGAUGGUUUCUGGAGAAAUGAUAGAUUUAAUUACCAUCUUCGAAGGAGAAAAAGAUCUGUCAAACUACUCAUUGUCACUUUAUCACCGCAUUGUUGAGUACAAAAGUGCUUAUUAUUCAAUGUACCUUCCGGUUGCAUGUGCAUUGAUUUUGGCGGGUGAAAAACUGGAGAAUCGGGACGAUGUUAUGAAGAUUCUUAUUGAAAUUACUAUCUACUUUCAAGUACAGGAUGAUUAUCAAGACUGCUUUGGGGACCCGAAAGUGACUGGUAAAGUUGGAACAGAUAUUGAAGAUUUCAAAUGCACUUGGUUUAUUGUGAAAGCAUUAGAACUUGCUAAUGCAGACCAAAAGAACGUGCUAUAUGAAAAUUAUGGGAAAGCGGAUCCAGUCUGUGUUGCAAAAGUGAAAGAUAUCUAUGAAGUUCUUGAUCUUCAGGGCAUUUAUACAGAAUAUGAAAAGAAUACUAACAAGAAGCUGACAGAAAUCAUUAAAACUCAUCCAAAUAAAGCUUUGAAAGCUUUAUGGGGAAGAUCUAUAGGAACCAUAUGGACAGUUGAUCGAGCACGAAAUGCGCCGGGAACAGUAGAGAAUUGAGAUAUUUUUGUCUGCAGCUACCAUAAAUGUACCAGCAAUUGUCAUCCUCUUUCAACCAACUUCACUGCGAAUAUGUGAUUUAAAUUUUUUCCGUUGUACCAAAGGAAAAAUUGCUGCGAUUCUGUUGUUUUUGCUUUUGAAUAAGCAGAGAAUUUGUUUGCUUGGUGGCUACAUUAAUUGAUUGCCUGUAAGUUUUGGUGUAAUCAUGUCUAAAAUUUUGUGAACCUCUUUUUCUAUUUCAUCUCCUGAAAAUUAUUAUUUAGGACAUGAAAUUUUUUGUAUUGCAAUAAGAUGAAAAAGUUGCAGGAUUA